UCUAUCUGUCUGUUCAAUAAUUAUUAAUAAAUAAAUAUAAAAUAAUUGCCCUUUUGUUACCUCUUCUUUAGGGUUCCUCCCUCCAUCUCUCGUCUUCGAUAAUUUUGACUUGAAGAAAAGGCCAUUUCUUUGCAAAGGGUUUUUGCUUUUUAAACCACUUUUUUUCUUUUUUCAAAUUCCUUCCCCCUUUGAAUUCCUUUAUUUAAAAAAUAAAUAAAUUAUUUUACUCUAUUUUUUUGGCCUGAAAGAAACAAUUUGGUUGAAGAUUCAGUUAAUAGUGAGAGAUUUUUGUUUUGGGUUUUCUCUUUUUUUGUUGUAAUUUUGAAUUGUAGAUAAAAAUGGACGCUUCUGAGACUCUUAAGCAAAUUGGCGAUACUUCUACAGGAGGUGCAGUAUUUGAUGCAUCACAAUAUGCGUUUUUCGGAAAUGAUGUUCUUGAGGAAGUUGAAUUGGGGGGAUUAGAUGAGGAGGAGGAUUUACCUGCAGUUGGACUUGAUGAAGAGGAGUUUUUAUUUGAUGGAGAAGAGUUGAACACAACCAUCAAUGGACCAAGAGGCUCAGGGAUUGUUGGUGACAGGGGAUCUAGAGAAGGUUCAUCUGUUGCUGAAUGGGCACAUGGGGAGGAAUUACCUUAUUGGCUUGGUCAGCAGGCUCUUGAAACUGAAAGUGUUCCCAGAGACAAGCACUGGUCAUCACAACUGUCACCCAAUUUGGACUCAAAGCAUCUCUACAGGACAUCCUCAUACCCUGAGCAGCAGCAAAAGCAACAUUUUUCUAGUGAACCAAUUCUAGUUCCAAAUUCUUCUUAUAACAAGCCAUACCCUCCUCCGCCUGGUGGCAGAUCCCAUCAAGCUUCACCAAACCUAAAUUCUGGUCACUUGAAUAAUCCAUAUAUGGUUGGCGGAUCACAAAUGGCACCUUCACCAAAUCUCUCUGGCUUCUCUAGUUCUCAGUUUCAAAUGCCACAUUUACAUCAGGGGUUAAAUUAUGGCAGGAAUAUGCCCGACUUUGCUCCUGGUCUUUCUGGCAAUAGUUUGCCAUCAAAUCAAUGGGGGAGCCAGCCAAAAUUGCAUGGUGGAGAUAAUUCCAGUGUUUUGACCAAUAUGUUGCAACAACAGUUACCUCAUCAAAAUGGUUUGAUUACAUCACAAUUAAGGCCACAGCUGCAGGCACACCAGCAGAGGCUGCAGCACCCUGUUCAGCCAUCAUUUAGCCAUUUAUCAGGGGUUCAAUCUCAACUGGUUAAUCCUCAUCGUUCUCCAUCACCACCUCUAAUGAACAAAUUUGAAGCUAUACUUGGUAUUGGUGAUCUGAGAGAUCAAAGACCAAAAUCAGCUCAAAAAAGUAGGUAUUCUCAGCUGGGCUUUGAUAGCAGUGGAAUGAAGAGUGAUAUUGGAUGGCCUAAAUUUAGAUCCAAAUACAUGUCAACUGAUGAGAUUGAGGGCAUUCUUAGAAUGCAGCUCGCUGCAACUCACAGUAAUGAUCCUUAUGUGGAUGAUUAUUACCACCAAGCUUGUCUUGCAAGAAAAUCUGCUGGGGCAACAUUGAGACAUCAUUUUUGCCCAGCUCAUCUCAGGGAUCUUCCUUCCCGAGCACGUGCAAAUGCUGAGCCACACGCUUUUCUCCAAGUUGAUGCUCUUGGGAGGGUACCUUUCUCUUCAGUUCGCAGGCCUCGCCCACUUCUUGAAGUUGACCCUCCAAAUUCUUCCUUUGUCACCAACAAUGAUCAGAAAGCUUCUGAUAUGCCCCUUGAACUGGAACCAAUGCUUGCUGCUAGAGUUACAAUAGAGGAUGGUCUAUGCCUUCUUCUUGAUGUAGAUGAUAUUGAUCGGUUAUUGAAGUUUAAUCAGUUGCAGGAUGGUGGAGCCCAGCUGAGACGAAGACGACAGGUUUUGUUGGAAGAGCUGGCUGCAUCACUUCAAUUGGAUGACCCACUUGCCAAGAAUGGCCACACAGAUGAACUUGCUCAAAAGGAUGAUCUUGUGUUUUUACAGAUAGUUGCCCUCCCCAAAGGCCGGAAGUUGCUUGCAAGGUACCUUCGGCUUCUUUUUCCAGGUGAUGAGCUUAUGCGAAUUGUCUGCAUGGCCAUUUUCCGUCAUUUAAGAUUCUUGUUUGGAGGCCUUCUGACUGAUCCAGGAGCGGAAACUACUGAUAACCUUUCGAAGGUUAUUUCCUCAUGUGUUCAUGGCAUGGAUCUUCGUGCACUUAGUGUCUGUCUUGCAGCUGUGGUUUGUUCUUCAGAGCAGCCCCCUCUUCGCCCUCUUGGAAAUCCCAGUGGAGAUUGGGCAUCUCUUAUUCUGAAGUCUGUUCUUGAUAGGGCAACAAAACUCAUGAUUGAUUUUAGAGCUGCUGGCAAUUACAAUAUGGCCAAUCAAUCUCUUUGGAAGGCCUCGUUCAACGAAUUCUUUAACCUUCUUACCAAGUAUUGCAUAAACAAAUAUGAUACUGUGAUGCAGUCCUUGCGUAUGCAGGUCAAACCAAAUGUGGCCAUCGAUGAAUCAGAUGUUACAAAAGCAAUUAAAAGAGAAAUGCCAGUUGAUCUUUUACAUGCAUGUUUACCUCACAUCAACGACCAGCAGAAAAAGCUGAUAUUGGAUCUCUCUCAGCGGUCUUUGGUUGUAGGACAGUCAUGAUGGCAGAAGUUUUGAAUUCACACAUUGAAGUAUUAUACGAGCAAAUGAUGCCAUAUGCUGGAAGGAAUGCGAUUAGCCAUACCAUUGCCUUAUGCAGCUACGGUGGAGCUCUCCGAGGAUUUUUAAAGGUUGAUAUGAUAGCCCCUUCCAGAUUUUAGUCUUACUAGUCAGUGUUCUUCUAUCUUUAAUAACAUGCUGCUUUUUUAGCAAAACAUACAAGUUGGCCAAUGUGUAUUGUGAUACAACCCUGGUGAGAUAUUUUUGAUAUUCUUGGGUCCUUUCCAUACAUUGGAGCUUAUUUUGAUGCUCUGUUGUCUAGAGAUGUAGUAUGUACAUGGUUCAGUACGGAAGAUUGCCCGCAUUCCGAGUAUUAUUUUCCAAGGAGGUGGGAUGGAUCAUGUGUUGUUCUCUGUUGGAAGAGUCCCCAUGCCGGAAGGUAUGACAGUGUUGGCUUUGAAACUAAAAUGGUGAUUUUAGCUUUAAUAUGGGUAGCAUUGUUGCUUUUGGUUUGAAUCUUGUUUGUGAUUUUUUAAUUUCAUGGAAGAAUGGCUGUUGGAUUCUUCUUUGGCCCUUUUUAUUCUACUAUAUAUGUAUGCAUGUAUAUAUUAUUAUAAUGUCAUUUGAAGUUCUUACCCUAUAUUUUGUUUGGAAACUCAGGCUCUAUGUUCUUAAUGAUAUGGUAUAGUAUGGGAAGGCAGGCUUUUUUUCA